GAAAAUGGACCAGCCCCAAACCUACUCGCAGUACAACGAUCUCCAGCGCACCGACAACCUGUUCGUCCUCCAGACCUACCUGAGCUUGUCCCGCUGGAGCAGCGACGGGGAGAGCGUGUUGGACGUGGGAUCAGGAGACGGGAAAUUCGCGGUGGAGAGCCUGAUCCCGCGUCUGCCCAGGACCAUGGGUCGGUUCGUGGGGUGUGAUUGUUCCGAGGCCAUGGUCAGAUUCGCCAACGAGAACUAUGGGAGGCAGGGCAGGGAGUUCGUCAGGUUCGACAUCGUUUCUGAGGCGUUGCCCGAAGGAUUCGCCGGAGGGUUUCAUCAUAUCUACUCGUUUUACGCUUUGCACUGGGUGAGGAAACAAAGGAAAGCGUUCGAAAAUAUGUACAAAUUAUUGAAACCUGGUGGAGACAUAUUCCUGACAUUCUUGGCGAAAACUGACCUCUACCAAAUUUAUAAAAAUAUGUCGAAGAACAAGAAAUGGAAGUCUUAUACUAAAAAAGAGUACAUUUCUCCUUAUCACGGCCUUGCAAAUCCAGAAAAGCGGUUGGAAAAAUUGUUAGUUUCGACUGGUUUCACCACCACUUUGUGCAAAACAGAAACAAGGAGUUUCAUUUAUCCCAACUUUGACAUUUAUAAAAAGUCGAUUUUCUCAGUGAAUCCCAUAAUAUCCAACUUAUCACCUGAUGAUGUGCCAGCCUAUACCGAAGACUUCAUGAAAGAAGUUAGGAAUCUGAAAAGUGUUACCAUCUCGAACAUUAACAAUAAUGAAGAAUCAUUAACAGUGGAAUAUCAGUUAUUCGUUGUUCAUGCUUAUAAACCAUUGAGGAAAAAAGGCUUUCCUUAUGAUAAGUUCUGCAAGGUUGUAUGCCAAGAAUGCAAAUAUCAGAUAUCAUAUUUGAUUCGUCGAAUACGCGAUAUGUCAAAAAAUAUCAAUGAGUAA